GCUAAGUGCUGGAACCAGAAGCAGAAGCUGGCUUUCAUGCUCAGGAGGGUCCUGUGGCAUGAAACCUUAGCCAGUUCUUUACGGAUAUGAUGCUCCUUUAGGGGGUGCCAUAGACAUUCGGUCUGCAUAUAUAUUAUGUUUUAUCAGUGUUUCUUGUGGACCCUCAGACAGUCCAUGUUUUUGCUCUCUCCCAGCACCAGCUGUCUGGCAAGGAGCAAAAACGUGGACGGACUGGGGGUUCCUGUGGAUCAGGUCGAAGAACAUUGUUCUGUAUUGUUUUUGUUAAAUGACUGAUAAUCAGAAUUUAUUUUUGGGGCUUUGGCUGCAUCUUGGUUAUAAUGUUUAAUUGAGAUAUGAAUUAAUAUGGAGAACACCACACACACGGCACAAAUUCUAUGAAGAUACUACUCAUGAAAUUAAUAUACCACAUGUGAUAAAAAUACAAAUAUAAGGGCUUUAUUUGUAUGAAUAAAGCAUUUCACAUAUCUAACACAUGUGUCCCCAACAACCGUAGCCAGAUAUUAAAUCCGUUCUAGAAGAGCACACUCAUUGCUUGCUGUAAAAGCAUGCAGGAGGUCCCAGCUGAGCUCUGCUAUAGUUGUGCUCUGUGUAUUAUUCAUUUGGCAGAUGCUCUAAGACAGAGAAAUGGUUGGAGAGAACAAGGCAAUUAACAAAUGCAUGCAAACAAGUGGCAUGUUACCCAACAGGAGCAAACCGCUACAGCAUCCGAUAACAAAGGAAAGCAAUUGUCUUGCCAUAAUUGCAUUUUGAUAGCUGUUCUAGUGCCUUAACCUCUAUGCUCUGACUCCACUGUAAGGUCCAAGUUCUGUUCCCUCAGUCCAUUAUUCAAGAGGCAUUUUCCUUAUUUUGGUGAAUGUUUCUGAUUCUUGUUAGUGUCCACUGUUUCUGUUGAUUAAGUCCAGUGCUGCUAGCCACACCGGCAGAUGCGUAACCUGGUUACCCACCAGGCAGGCAGAUGGGGGCAGGUGGGCGAGGUGCAGCGUACUGUACGAUGCAGGGGGGCACUGUGCAGCAGCUGAAGUUCCUCUUGGGCGUAAUCAUGUCCUGCGCACGGUACCAGCUGCCUUUCUCUGCAUCAUAGCAUUCCACCUUGGCAGUGACUCUGAACCCAUCAGACGCCCAUUGCAAACAGCAAGCCGUCCAGCACUGCGAUGCCGAAGUAGCUUCUUGGUUUUGUCAUGGGAGGCGCAGCGUGCCAUUGGUUAGUUGCAGGGUCAUAAACCUCCAUACUCCACACUGGAUGAGCCCCGUUGGUACCGCCCACCUGCGAGACACCAAUGGUAAGUGAUCACUCAGGUACCAAACGGAUAAGUAAAUAUCAGCUUUCUCAAAGUCAGGAACUCUUAAGGAAUUAUCGCCCUAUAAUAGCAGGCUGCACAGAACCUCCCAUUGUCUAUAUAGGACACAAGCUUAUAACUAAUUUGUGUUCAACAUACAUGUCAACAUAACUGCAGUGAAAAAAGGGGAUUUGGGCAACAGAAAAUCUGUACAAUUCAGUGAAAACUGUCAUCCAUCAAAAAAAGAUAUGAGAUAUAAAAAAAAUCAUAUAUUUUGCUUUUAUUAUUAUUUUUAUUAGCACUAAAAAUAAUACUUGUAGUCAGACCCUGGAAAAAACAACAACCAGAGCAAUUAUGUGUGGAACUACAGAAUAUAACUGUAAUCAAAAAUCUAAGCUUUACUACCCAAGAAUAUUCGUUUAUAACCCUGAUAUGCAGGGAGCAUACAGUAUGUGUAUUGAGAUGGGCCUUCCCAGCAGGUGAUUUUAUCCACUGAAUUCUUUUGUUUGAUUUAAGCGCAUUACAAUCUGUGACACAGCAGCAGUGACAAAAAAUAUGAGUCUCAGAUAAAUCUUGAGAUUUGACUCCUUUGUUUCAGAGUACAAGAAAGGAAUCACUCACCACAUAGAUCUUUCCCUGAUAUGCCACUACUCCAAGGCCAUGUCGGCGAGUGCUCAUUGGGGUGAUCAAGGUCCAUUCGCCCUGUGUGUGGGGAGCCACAGCCCCAUCCCUCAGGACAUGAAGCAGACACGGAGGAGGCCCGGAACCCAGACCGCCAGAGGCCCCCCAGGGCAUGGGAGCCCCCGGAGGACCACCGCAGGGAGAAUAGCAGCCCCUCACCCAGAAAAGGGCAGAGGAGAGCUCCGGAGGGAGGCCAUCCGGCAGCCACCGUGCAGGAGCCCCAGGGGGCCGUGGCGGCGAGCCCGCAGGCUCCACUGGCGGCCGGCCCCACCACGGCAAACCAGGCCCUGGGCCCAGAGAUCCAAGGGCCCCCCUACCCCCCAGCAAGGGCCCGACAGAGCCAGGAGGGCCAAAUCCCGCCAGGCAACCGCCGAGGGCGAGCCAGCACCCACCCGAGCACCCAGCCCCGGACAUCGAGAACCACCAACGCACCAGCGGCCGGGGGCCCCAUCCACCGGCAGGGAGUGUGGCGGGGGGGAAUAGAGCCGGAGAUGUUAUUUCGGGUGGAGUCUAGGACCCAACCUGACACAUGCGUAUAGACAAACAGGCACACACAUAUACAAGCAUACGUUCCCACCCUCAUGCACACAUAAACAAAUAUUUACACAUUCACCCAACAUAGAGAUACACAGAAAUGAACGCUGUACACAUACUCUCA